AUGUCAUACGGCAUAAUCGAUGGAUCACAUUUUCGUGGUGGUAUUAUUUCAUGGCGUCCGUUGAACAGUACACCAUCGGGUAGCAGUGCACAAAUUCUCAUACAUCAACGAUACUUUUUUGAUCGAAAAGCGACCUAUUUCGGUGGUCCACCUUAUUGUACGGAGGCAGAUGUCACUGCUCAAACAACUAUUCCAGUCGCUGGCACGAUGAGCUGUAUGGCAAAUUGCUCAAGUUCUACUUAUUCCGGACUUUCGAUUGCUGUGCAAACUACAGAUUGUAACACGCUUCCAAUUAUUUCAUCAUGGGGUGGUGAACGUUACGAUUUAGUAUCAUUGCCGUUGACAACAUCGAUUGCAAUGGGUUUUGCCGGAAGUGCAUGGUUGACUGCUCUGUAUGGCGGUGGUUCUGGUUGGUCAGUUGUUAANAUCAAAUCAAUCAAUUGCUGGAAACGAAAGUUGCAGAUAGAUAUGACUAGUUUGUAUAGAAAAUAA